AUGUAUGCAACUCCACCACAAGCAAGAACGGUUCCGGUUUCCGUAAACAAUCCACAUCUUGAAGGUCCACAAAAUAGCCUGAUAGGAAACGCCUUAAAUGAUGAACAGAUAUAUCAAUGGAUAAACGAGUUAGUCACAGGAAAUAAUCGAGAGAAGGCAUUACUAGAAUUGGGGAAAAAAAGAGAGCAAUACGAUGAUCUAGCUUUGGUUCUUUGGAACUCCUUUGGUGUAAUAACUGUGUUACUAGAGGAGAUUAUUAGUGUAUAUCCAUUUUUGGAUCCACCCAAUUUAAGUGCUUCAACUUCCAAUAGAGUGUGCAAUGCUCUUGCAUUGUUACAAUGUGUGGCAUCAAAUGUCCAAACGAGAGGGUUAUUUUUGAAAGCUAAUUUGCCAUUGUACUUGUACCCAUUCUUGUCCACCAAUGCGCGUCAAAGAUCAUUUGAAUAUCUAAGGCUUACAAGUUUGGGCGUUAUUGGAGCUUUAGUCAAAAAUGACACGCCGGAAGUUAUCAAUUUUCUCUUAACGACUGAAAUCGUUCCCUUGUGCUUGAAUAUAAUGGAAAUUUCGUCAGAAUUGUCCAAGACAGUUGCCAUCUUUAUUCUACAAAAAAUAUUACUUGAUGAUCAAGGGUUGAGUUAUAUUUGUACAACAUUUGAACGGUUUCACACAGUGGCAUCUGUCUUGUCUAAAAUGAUUGAACAGUUGGCUGCAUUAACCAUUUCUGGCGCCAAUGGCAAGCCUAUCACCGGACAAGGACAAGCAUCGUCUAAUAGCUCAGGAAGGUUGUUGAAACACGUGGUGAGGUGCUAUAUGCGACUUUCCGAUAAUCUUGAGGCCAGAAAAGCGUUGGCAAACAUUUUACCUGAGCCAUUGCGAGAUGGCACAUUUUCAUCGAUAUUGCAGGAUGAUGUUGCAACAAAGAGAUGCUUGGCUCAGUUGUUGACUAAUAUAAAUGAGCAGUAA